UCACAAUAACUGCAAGAGUUGUACGUAGCCCUCUUCCGAAGGAAAAUAUUUUACUUUUAACGACCAUACAAAAUUCACAAUCGAGAACUCAUCCCCAAUACAAAUUUUCUAUAUCUUCUUUCUCUUUCGAUAUAGUCAUAUAGAUGUUAUAUUUCGGCCAACAGAAAAAUCGAGGAUGGAGGUUCCAAAACCCUCGUUGCUAAUGAUAAUUUUCGUGGUAGCUUUAUGUUUCUUGCAUGUCAAGGCUUGGCAUGGUCAGACAUACUGUGGUGGCAAUGCGGCUCCCCGAUGUCAGCUCCAAUACAUCGACUGCCCUGAAGAGUGCCCGACCACCAUGAACCCCAACUCUCAGAACAAAAUUUGCUGGGUAGACUGCUUUAAACCCCUUUGCAUGGCAGAGUGUCGCGCGGUGAAACCCAACUGUGAAUCCUCUGGAGCGAUCUGCCUAGAUCCAAGGUUCAUAGGUGGUGAUGGAAUUGUGUUCUACUUCCAUGGAAGGAGCAAUGAGCAUUUUAGCCUUGUCUCAGACCCUGACGUUCAGAUCAAUGCUAGGUUUACUGGUCAUAGACCCGCUGGCCGUACUAGAGAUUUCACAUGGAUCCAAGCACUCGGCUUCCUCUUCAACUCCCACAAAUUCUCCCUCGAGACCACCAAAGUCGCCACUUGGGACAGCAACCUCGAUCACCUCAAGUUCUUUAUCGAUGGUCAAGAUUUGGUUAUCCCUCAAGAAACUCUAUCCACAUGGUACUCAUCCGAAAAAGACAUCAAGAUUGAAAGGUUGACACAAAAGAACAGUGUGAUCGUGACGAUUAAAGACAAAGCUGAGAUCAUGGUCAACGUGGUUCCUGUGACCAAAGAAGACGAUAGAAUCCACAACUACAAAUUACCUGUAGAUGACUGUUUUGCCCAUCUCGAGGUCCAGUUCAAGUUCAUUAAUCUGUCCCCAAAAGUUGAUGGAAUCUUGGGACGCACUUACAGGCCUGAUUUCAAGAAUCCGGCUAAACCAGGAGUCGCAAUGCCAGUGGUGGGAGGUGAGGAUAGCUUCAGGACAUCAUCUCUGCUCUCUCAUGAUUGCAAAACUUGUUUGUUCUCUGAAAAUCCGGUCGUUGCGAGUGGCUUCCUCAAGCCAAAAAGUACACACACAUUGCUAGAUUGCAGCCGUGGCGCGUCUUCCGGUUAUGGAAUCGUCUGCAGGAAGUAGUUACCAUCCAAACUCCAUUUGCUAAUUAAGAAUUAGUUAGAUAAUAAAAGUAUAUGUUAUGUUUUGUGUAAGUUAACUUUAUAUGAUUGCCAAAAUAAAACAGAGUAAUAAGCUAA